AUUGAGUCCCACUUUCAGAUCCUGAAUACCUUUCUCACAGAUCCAAUAGAUUUUACGUGAGUUUGUCAAUCCUUUAUUUCUCAUCAGCAGCAAAAUGGCUACAGAAGCUGAACCAAACGAAGUGGGUGAGUCUCCAGGUUUGGUUUGUAUCGAAUAUCCUGGAGUUGUAGAGAAUCCUGAGAAAGCCGUCCGAACCCUAGGUGGUCUAGAUAAUAUUGGACUUGUUCUCUCCGAACCCAACCGUAGACUGGAGCUGAGGUUCAGAUCUGAGGAUGUUUAUUGUAAACCUACUUGUGGGGAAAGACAUCAAUGUUCUUCGUUUGUUGUCAAAGUGAAGAGAAAGAAGUUAAAGAAGGGAGUGAAAGAUAAACCUGAAUAUAUCCAUGAAACUAAACUGGUUGGAUUAGUAGACUCUUGUUUCCGAUUUUCAAACCUCUGCGAUUUCCAGUACCUGCCUAUGGAGAAGGACGAAGAAGGUAAACUGUCCUCGUUGUAUCCGAAGGUUUUCUUCCAAAACCUGGUUUCCAGUGAUUGGAUUGAGAAGGAAGCUCCGCUCUUCAUCCCUCCAGCAGUUUUCUCUAGGAUGGAUGCUCCACAGGAUUAUCAGUUUCGACGUGAGGCGUCUGCGGAGAAGUCUUCAGGAACUCCGCACAAUAUAAUCGGUAGAACUAGACAAAGACGAUCUCAUCACGCAAUCUUCGUAACCUACGACGUAGAGAAGGUUCCAGAGAACCCCAGGGAUAUAGCCAUUAGUCAGAUGAAAAUCAAGUUUAUCGACAAGGAACGGUUUGAUAUUGUGGAGAAGAAUUUUAAGGAGCGUCCUAUAUGGUCAAAGAAUGCACUGCAUGCAAUAACAAGGAUAGCCUCGGACAGGUUAAAGUUUAUCCUGCCUGCUCUAGCAUACUACUUUACCACAGGACCCUGGAGAAAUCAGUGGAUUAAGUUCGGAUACGAUCCUAGACUGGAUUCAUCAGCUGGCAGAUAUCAAACCCUGGAUUACAGGGUAAGGUUGCAGGGUGGAGCUAGACAUAAAGUUGCGGCUAAACGAAGCUACGCUAACUACCUUCUACCCUAUAAAGCAACUAACUGGUCUAAACCAAGAACAUCACUCAUCAAUAAAUCUGCGUUCCCUGGAGCUGAGAAUGAGAGGAAGAAUGAGGAGGUUGAGACGGAGGAGGACAGGGAGAAGAUGAUUGAUGUUUUCAAGUUCAGGAAAGGACGGAUACCACCUUACAGACAAAUGUUCUAUCAGUAUUGUGAUAUAGAGAUUGAAUCUGCGCAAGAACUGUUGGAGCGAAACCACAGUGAAACCUGCUCUGAGCGGUCUGGAUGGUUUAAUCCUGGAACAGAGGAAAAACUGAGAAACCUUCUCACCGAAAUCAUCAACACGCAUAUUUCAGAGGAAAGGUUGAAGGAAAUAGAAUCAGAGCUUGACGAGAGAGCGGAAGAUCAGAUUGAGAAUCAUACCGGGGACGAUUCAGAUUCAGAUCUUGAGUAAAAAAUGUGCCUGAAAUAAAAAUUCAAUACUUUCACAUCUAAAAUGGCGUCUUAACGACAAUACUUGUUAUAUUGAUUUAACUCUGUAUUUAAUUUCUCACG